GCCUCUCUUCCAUUCUGUCAUUGCCAUCUCGGCAGUACGGAGACUGUUCAUUCCCAGCCUCGCUGAAUGCAGGGGGGGACAGCACACUUUUGACUUUGUUUAAGUCAGAUUUCGCAUUGGAAUACUCUUUUUCUUCACGAUACCCAAGGGAUCAGCAAGAACAAGAGGUAAAGAAAGUAAGAAAAAAAAGGAUUUCUACUUCUAUUUUUUUUAUAAUUGAAUUGAGAAGCACGUGACAGCCGGUUUUGCCACUGGAUUCUUUCACACAAGACGUGAGAUUGUCUUUUUUAACUUCCUUUUCAUAUUGUACUUUUCACUUUUACUUUGAGAGAGCAUACUGACACUAAAGCACAAUGGUUGCUGGAAUGUUGAUGCCCUUAAGGGACCUGAGGGCCAUCUAUGAGUUGCUGUUUAAAGAUGGUGUCAUGGUGGCCAAGAAGGACAAGAGGCCUCAGAUCAAACACCCCGAGAUUGAAAGUGUUAGUAACCUACAAGUCAUGCGUGCCAUGGUGUCUCUUAAGUCUCGGGGCUAUGUGAAGGAGACAUUUGCCUGGAGACAUUUCUACUGGUACCUGACCAAUGAGGGCAUUGUUUACCUGCGUGACUACCUCCGCCUGCCCUCUGAGAUUGUUCCUGCAUCCCUGCAGAGGACCAGGAAGCCGGCUGCCACCAUGACCUUUGCUCAACAGGCUGCACGGGUCCAAACUGUAGAAGGUCCUACAUCUUAUGUCCCUAAGCCUGGACGCAGGGGUGAAGAAGAGAGCCAAGAGUCUCAUGCUGAGCGUCAAGGCUACCGCCAUAGGAUGAUGGGUCCUGGAGAAAAAGAAACCUACUCUGAUAGGACCCCCAGGUUUAGGGGUCGUCCACUGGCUGCAGAACCAGUCAGUCCUAAAGCAUCAUGGGAAGUGGAGGACCAGCCUCAGCCUCUGUAUAGAAGGGGGGGCGGCUUCAGAAAUGAGGAAGCAGUGAUGGAGGAGAGCAGGGUAAAAAGAGUCUCUCGUCAACAAGCUGAUGUGAGCAUUGAGAAAGUUGCAACAACACCACAGGAGAAAAAAGUGCCUGAAAAGAUAAUGGCACCAAUGUCCGUCCAGAAUCAAAGAGCAGUUUUGAAACAUGUUGAGACCACUGUGCAAUCAGCAGCCUUCAAACCAGCCCUACCAUUAUCUGUGGCUGCUGUCGCUGUGGCUACAGGUGCUGCAACAUCAAAGCUUCCAGCUGAAUCCUCUACUCCCAAAACAAAUAAAGAGAUGAUUGCAGAUGAAAAAGCUUCCACGAAGACAAGUCAAAUGGUGACAAGCAGUUGGGCUAUCACAACACUUGAGGAAACAGAGGUCAAAGAGGAGAAGACAAAAAGGGUGGUUGUGGAACCAAUUCAAUCUGCACAGGUAAAGCCCAAAGUUGAAAUGGCAAUGGAUGAAGUAGAGCCCCAAGCAGUUCUUACAAUGGUUGACGCUAAGAAAACCACCAGUUUUCUCACUGAAACUGCUCCUCCUUUCAUCACAAAACCUGACAAUAAAGAUGUCAAAGAAAAGAAGACCAAAAAUGUGUUUGUGGAACCAGCUAAACCUGCAGAUGUCAAGGCAACACCUGAAAAAGCAAGUGAUGACAAAAAGGCCCAGGUAGUUAUCACAACGUCUGCUGCUCAGGAAACCUCUAAGCUCACCCCUGUCAAUAUAGAUGUCAAGAAAGAAAAGCCUAAGGGAGAAAAGGUUGAUAAGGAACCAAUCAAGCCUACAGAAGUGACCCCAGUUGAAUGCAAAAUAGAUCAAGAGAAGGCCAAGAUAACUGCCAAAGUGACAGUCACUCAGGAGACCACCAAACCCCCACCGGACAGUACGGCCAAUGAGCCAGUGUUGUCCACUGAUGCAGUGAAGGAGAUCUCUAAAGUUAAAGUGGUACAGGAGCCCAUUGAUACUAAAGUGACCAAGACUGAUGAGUCACACCAGCAAACUACUAUUGUGACAAAGUCAAUACAUGAGGUUAAAACUACCAUUACUACAACACAUCUCUUUGAAACUACUGCCAGCUCUCAAGCUACAAAACCUCUCAAGGGGAAUGCUACAGUAACUGAGAUUAUCACAAAAGAGAAACACACAGAUGUGAAAGAGACUCCUCAGGUCAAGAAAGAUGUAAAAUUAGUGGCAGAAGAAGUACUUAAAGUCUCCGCACCGGGGGUCACAUUAGGAGAAAAAGUCUCCUGUUCACCUCAGCUCAGUCAAAAUGUUGCCCCCAUGCAAGUGGCAAUAGAAACACAGCAGGCUGUUGAAGGGAGCUCUAAAUCAAAAAGAAAGAAAAAGAAAUCUCCAGGUGAGAAAUCCAAGAGUUUCGAUGCUGAGGAGCUUCCUGACUCAAAGGGGGGAAAGGAGAAAACCCCUGAGGGGGUCGCUAAAAAUACCCUUAAACCCGAAACAGUGAUGACCUCAGAGACACUGACCGUGUGUACCAGCAUCAAGACUGAGGGACCUAUAGGGGGAAAUAAUACUCAGGCUAAAAUAGAUGUUAAUGGGGGGGAAAUAAAGGAAGUCCCUAAACAACUUAAUGAGAAGCCACUAAUGGAAGUCCCUAAACAAACUGAAGCAGCAUUACUGCCAGUAGAUAGGGUCCCAGCAGUGCCCCCAGUGGAGCUUUCAGUCGAUGCACAACAGAAAGAGAAGGUGGAGAAAAGCAGUGUCAGCAAAAUAACACAUGAAUCAUUAUACUCCAAGGACAAGGCAAAUACCAACUUGCCUCAUAUGGAGCCAGUGAAAACGGAGGAAAUAACUGUCACUAAAGUAGAAACGGUGUCUGUGCAGAAAAACCCCCAAAUAGAGCUUAUACAAGCAAGUCAUAACUCUGCACCAGAAUCUCAAAAACUCACAGUUGAGACUAAAUCCCUAAUUGCCAAAGAAAAAGCUGCAGAGGAGUCUUCAAAGGGAAAGAAGAAAGGGAGAGGGAAAAAGCAGGCUCAGGCGACAUUAUCAGACACCUCAAACACAAAACAGGCCUCUUUGCCUGAAGCAGAACCUUUGCUGUCCACUGACAAUACAUCAUUGCCCAAGGCCACAGUUAAAGUCAGCCGUGUCACGACCUCCGAACUGACAGAACUGAAUGUUUCUCCAAAGAUGGCUCCUGAAAGAAUGUGCAGUGAGGAAACCAGGCGGACAGCAGCUGUGCUGUGUGAGGCCCCGGCAGACAAAGAGGAGGUGGAGCCAGCCCCGCUCUUUGCAGAAAAAGUCAAGCGGGAGGUUCCGAAACCAAAAACAUCCUCCACUGCGAGGGAAGCACCCGCAGCCGGAGAAUUAGCGUCAGCAGCACCAGCAGUAACAGCACAGGCAGCUGUAGCUCCGACACAGACCAGCCCCCUCCACAAGCAAGAGGAGCCUCCCAUAGUUUCACAACAUUCAGCCAGUAAGGCAGCAGAGCGCUGCACAGAGAAAAGGCUCUCUGCUUCUCAGGCCUUAAAGCAGGAGGAAGAGAAGAAGAGUGACUCGAAGAAGGACACACCCUCUGCCAUUGCCACAUCCGCCUCUGCCCAAACUGACCAGCUUCACCUGGGGGACACCUGCGAGUCUGAAAAUCCCGAAACAGAAGAGGCCGACAUGAAGAGGAAAAUUGUAGUAGUUGAGGAGAUAGUCGAGGUGAAACAUGUUGUUAGUCCUGAGGCAAGCGGGCAUCAAUCACCACCUCCAACUGAACAACCUGUGGAGGGAGGGGAGGAACUGGACCUGGAUGUUCUGGAAGCAAUCGCCAUCAAGCGGUCACUUUUGGCAGGGUCACCGGGAGCCUCAUCUGAUGAAGAAUGGGACCACGCGUUGGACGAGCCAGAGGAGAAGACAUGGCCUCAAUUCAUUGAAGAUGAACGAGAUCGAGUACAGAAAAAGACCUUCACCAAAUGGGUCAACAAGCACUUGAUAAAGCAUCAGAGGGCAGAGUCGCAGCGUCAUGUGACAGACCUGUAUGAAGACCUUCGAGAUGGACAUAACCUGAUCUCCCUGCUGGAGGUCCUCUCCGGGGACACGCUGCCCAGGGAAAAGGGUCGCAUGCGAUUCCACAAACUGCAGAAUGUACAGAUAGCACUGGACUUCCUCAGACACAGACAGGUCAAGCUGGUUAACAUCAGAAACGACGACAUCGCAGAUGGGAACCCCAAGCUGACCCUGGGCCUAAUAUGGACCAUCAUUCUCCACUUCCAGGUCUCCUCCUCUAUCUCAGAUAUUCAGAUCAUUGGCCUGUCAGAGGACAUGACGGCCAAGGAGAAGCUGCUGUGCUGGUCCCAGAGGAUGACGGACGACUACCAGAACAUCCGCUGUGACAACUUCACCACCAGCUGGAGGGACGGCAAGCUCUUCAACGCUGUCAUCCACAAACACCAUCCCAGACUCAUUGACAUGGGCAGAGUGUACCAACAGUCCAACCAAGAGAACCUGGAACAAGCCUUCAAUGUGGCGGAGAGAGACCUGGGAGUGACACGCCUCCUGGACCCCGAGGAUGUGGAUGUUCCACACCCUGACGAGAAGUCCAUCAUCACUUACGUAUCAUCCCUGUAUGAUGUCAUGCCAAGGAUGGAUGUACAUGAUGGCGCCAGAUCUAGCGAGCUGGAGCUGCGCUGGCAGGAAUACUACGAGCUGGUGACUCUUCUGCUCCAGUGGAUCCGCCACCAUGUCACGAUCUUCGGGGAGAGGAAGUUCCCCGGCAGCUAUGAGGAGAUCGAGAUUAUUUGGCGCCAGUUUUCAAAGUUCAAGGAGACCGAGCUGCCAGUGAAAGAGACUGACAAGAACCGGACUAAACACAUCUACCAGACCUUUGAGAGUGCCGUGCAGGCUGGUCAGGUGAAGGUCCCUCCGGGCUACCAUCCCAUUGAUGUGGAGAAAGAAUGGGGUCGACUUCACGUGGCCAUCCUGGAAAGAGAACGGCUGCUCAGGAUAGAGUUUGAGAGACUUGAGAGGCUCCAGAGGAUUGUCACUAAAGUCCAGAUGGAGUCAGGGACUUGCGAUACGCAACUCAGCCACUUGGAGGCCCUGCUGCAGACGGACAUCCGUCUGCUGAAUGCAGGGAAACCAGCUCAGCACGCAGCAGAAGUGGAUAGGGAGCUGGACAACGCUGAAAAGCAGGUCCGCCUUCUCUUCAACGAUGUGCAGGUUCUUAAGGACGAGCGCCACCCUCAGGCCGAGCAGAUGUACCGCAGGGUUUACCGCAUCCAUGAGCGCCUGGUGAACCUGCGCACCGACUACAACCUCCGCCUGAAGUCCUCCGUCACCACUUCCCAUGUCACCAGGACCAGUUCCAAUACCAUCCAGCAGAGCUCCUCGAAGGUGCGGCCUGAUAAGGACGAUGUGACCCUUCACUAUCUCAAAGACCUCCUAAUCUGGGUGGAAGAGAACCAAAUCCGCAUCAACGAGUCCGAGUGGGGCUCUGAUCUGCCCUCGGUGGAGUCCCAGCUGGGCAGCCACAGAGGUCUGCACCAGACUAUAGAGGACUUCCGCGCCAAGAUUGAACGGGCGAGGGCUGACGAGAGCCAGAUUUCUCCAGUCAGCAAGGGCGCGUACAGAGAUUACAUGGGUAAACUGGACCUUCACUAUGGAAAACUUCUGAACUCUUCCAAGUCCCGUCUGAGGAACUUAGAUUCGCUCCACGCCUUCAUCAGCGCUUCCACUAAGGAACUGAUGUGGUUAAACGACAAGGAAGAGGAGGAAGUCAACUUUGACUGGAGCGACAAGAACCCCAACAUGACGGCUAAGAAAGACAACUACUCGGGUCUAAUGCGAGAGCUGGAGCUGAGGGAGAAGAAAGUCAACGAUCUGCAGGCCAUGGGAGAGAGGCUGGUCAGGGAUGGACAUCCUGGCAAGAAGACUGUUGAGGACUUCACCGCUGCCCUGCAGACUCAGUGGAGCUGGAUCCUUCAGCUGUGCUGCUGUAUUGAGGCUCAUCUCAAAGAAAACACAGCAUACUACCAGUUCUUUGCCGAUGUUAAAGAAGCUCAGGACAAGAUGAAGAAGAUGCAAGAGAACAUGAAGAAGAAGUACAGUUGUGAUCGCACCACCACAGCCACACGCCUGGAAGACCUGCUGCAGGAUGCUGUGGAGGAGAAGGAACUGCUGAAUGAAUACAAGACUCUUGCGACCAGUCUGAACAAGAGAGCCAAGUCCAUUAUUCAGCUGAAGCCACGCAACCCCACCACCUCCAUCCAAGGCAAACUGCCCAUCCAGGCUGUGUGUGACUUCAAGCAACAGGAGAUCACUGUGCACAAAGGAGACGAGUGCGCGCUCCUCAACAACUCGCAGCCCUUCAAGUGGAAGGUCCUGAACCACUCCGGAAACGAGGCGGUGGUGCCCUCCGUCUGCUUCAUGGUGCCUCCGGUCAACAAGGAGGCAGUGGACGGCGUGUCCAGUCUGGAUACAGGUUAUCAGCAGAUAGUUACCAUGUGGCAGACGCUCCACAUAGACAUGAAGAGCUUGCUGUCAUGGCAGUAUCUGAUGAGAGACUUCAAACUGAUCCGCUCCUGGAACAUUAUCAUGUUAAAGUCCAUGAAGCCUGAGGAGUACCGGCUGAUGAUGAGGAACCUGGAGCUCCACUACCAGGACUACAUGCGCGACAGCCAGGACUCGCAGCUCUUCGGCCCCGACGACCGCAUGCAGGUGGAGGGAGACUUCACCAACUCCACCCAGCAUUUCGACAGCCUGCUGCGCUCCAUGGAGAAAGGUCAGCAGGAUGAGACUCUGUGCAAGAACUACAUCUCUGAGAUCAAGGACCUGCGGGUGCGCAUCGAGGACUGCGAGACUUCCACCUUGGCUCGCAUACGCAAACCUGUGGAGAAGGAACCUCUGAAGGAAUGUAACCAGAAGACAACAGACCAGAAGAAAUGCCAGGUGAAGCUCGAGAGCCUCAAAAAGGACCUUGUUAAGGUCUCUGUGAAGACAGAAGAGGUGCUGGCCUCCCCUCAGAAGUCUGUCUCCGCUCCCGUCCUGCGCUCAGAGCUCGACCUCACCGUGCAGAAGAUGGAUCACGCCCACAUGCUCUCCUCCGUUUAUCUGGAGAAGCUGAAGACCGUGGAAAUGGUGAUCCGUAACACGCAGGGUGCUGAGGGAGUGCUCAAGCAGUACGAGGACUGUCUGCGCGAGGUCCACACCGUGCCCAGCGACGCCAAGGAAGUAGAGAGUUACAGAGCAAAGCUCAAGAAAAUGCGAGCUGAAGCUGAGGGCGAACAGCCAGUGUUUGACUCUCUGGAAGAAGAGCUGCAGAAGGCCACCACAGUGAGCGAAAAGAUGUCUCGUGUGCACAGCGAGCGCGACAUCGAGCUGGACCACUUCCGCCAGAACGUGUCUGGUCUUCAGGACCGCUGGAAGGCCGUGUUCACCCAGAUGGAAAUUCGCCACAGGGAGCUGGAGCAGCUCGGCCGCCAGCUCGGCUACUAUCACGAGAGCUACGAUUGGCUGAUCCACUGGAUCACUGACGCUAAGGAAAGGCAGGAGAACAUCCAAGCUGUGUCCAUCACCGACAGCAAAACUCUAAAAGAACAACUGUCACAGGAGAAGAAACUGCUGGAGGAGAUUGAGAACAACAAAGAAAACGUUGACGAGUGUCAGAAAUAUGCCAAAGCAUACAUCAAUUCUAUUAAGGACUAUGAACUCCAGCUGGUCGCCUACAAUGCUAAAGCGGAUCCCCAUGCGUCUCCCUUGAAGAAAACCAAAAUGGAUUCUGCUUCUGACAACAUCAUUCAGGAGUAUGUAACCCUGAGGACCCGGUACAGUGAGCUGAUGACGCUGACUAGUCAGUACAUCAAGUUCAUCACCGAAACGCAGCGCCGCCUGGAGGAUGAGGAGAAAGCUGCAAAGAUACUCAAAGCGGAAGAGCAGAAAAAAAUGGCCGAUCUGCAGGCCGAGUUAGACAAACAGAAGAAGUUAGCCGAAGCUCACGCAAAGGCCAUUGCCAAAGCUGAGAAAGAAGCUGAUGAGCUGAAGUACCAGAUGAAGCAAGAGGUUAGCAAGAGAGAGGUUGCUGCCUUAGAUGCAGAAAACCAAAAGAAAAACAUUGAGCUGGAACUUCAUGAGCUCAAAAAUCUCUCAGAGCAGCAGAUCAACGACAAAAGUCAACUUGUGGAUGAUGCUCUUCAAAGCAGGACCAAGAUCGAGGAGGAAAUCUACAUUAUCAGGAUCCAACUGGAGACAACAUUAAAUCAAAAGUCUACUGCGGAAACUGAGCUCAAGCAGCUUCGUGAAAAAGCAGCCGAAGCUGAGAGACUCAGAAAGCUUGCUCAGGAAGAAGCUGAAAAGCUCCACAAACAAGUCAUUGAAGAGACCCAGAAAAAGCGCACAGCAGAGGAAGAACUCAAACGCAAAUCUGAAGCAGAGAAAGAAGCUGCUAAGCAAAAGCAAAAAGCUCUGGAAGACCUUGAAAACCUCAAGAUGCAGGCGGAAGAGGCUGAAAGGAAAGUGAAGCAAGCCCAGAUUGAAAAGGAGAAACAAAUCCAGAUUGCUCACGUGGCAGCCGAGAAGAGCGCCACAGCAGAACUCCAGAGCACGCAAAGAUCCUUUGUCGAAAAGACCUCGAAGCUGGAAGAAUCGCUCAAACAAGAGCAUGGCACUGUCCUGCAGCUGCAACAAGAAGCGGCACAUCUCAAGAAACAACAGGAAGAUGCGUUAAAAGCCAGAGAAGAGGCAGAAAAAGAGCUUGAUAAAUGGAGACAAAAAGCUAACGAGGCCCUCCGUCUAAGGCUGCAGGCUGAGGAAGAGGCUCACAAAAAGAGCCUCGCUCAGGAAGAGGCUGAGAAACAAAAGGAGGAGGCUGAACGUGAGGCAAAAAAGAGAGCCAAAGCUGAAGAGUCUGCGCUUAAGCAAAAAGAGAUGGCAGAGAAAGAACUUGAGAGGCAGAGGAAGGUUGCUGACAGCACAGCUCAGCAGAAACUCACUGCCGAACAGGAACUGAUUCGCCUUAGGGCCGAAUUUGACAACGCGGAACAGCAGAGAUCGCUCCUUGAAGAUGAACUUUACCGCCUGAAGAAUGAAGUCAUUGCAGCGCAACAGCAAAGAAAACAGCUGGAGGAUGAACUUGCCAAAAUGAGGAGCGAAAUGGAAAUUCUCAUUCAGCUAAAGUCCAAGGCCGAAAAAGAGACCAUGUCCAACACGGAGAAGAGCAAGAUGCUCCUUGAUGCUGAAGCCUCCAAGAUGAGGGACGUGGCUGAGGAAGCAGGCAAGCUAAGAGCCAUCGCAGAGGAAGCCAAGUAUCAGAGGCAAAUUGCUGAGGAAGAGGCAGCCCGUCAGAGAGCAGAGGCUGAGAGGAUUCUCAAAGAGAAACUGGCUGCGAUCAGCGAGGCCACUCGUUUAAAGACAGAAGCUGAAAUUGCCUUGAAAGAAAAAGAGGCAGAAAAUGAGAGACUCCGGCGGGCAGCUGAAGAUGAGGCUUACCAGAGGAAAGCUCUUGAAGACGAGGCCAACCAGCACAAGAAAGAGAUCGAGGAAAAGAUCGUCCAACUCAAAAAAUCAUCUCAGGCUGAAAUGGAAAGGCAAAAGGCAAUGGUGGAUGACACACUGAAACAGAGACGCGUUGUCGAAGAAGAAAUCCGAAUUCUCAAGCUCAACUUUGAGAAGGCUUCGUCUGGAAAACUUGAUCUGGAACUAGAACUCAAUAAACUGAAGAACAUUGCAGAGGAAACUCAACAAAGCAAACUAAGAGCAGAGGAGGAGGCAGAGAAACAAAGGAAGCUUGCCAUGGAGGAGGAGAGGAGGCGGAGGGAAGCGGAGGAAACGGUUAAGAAGAUCACUGCCGCAGAGAAAGAGGCUGGCCGACAACGCAAAAUCGCCCAAGAUGAGCUUGAUCGUCUGAAGAAGAAGGCCGAAGAAGCCAGAAAGCAGAAAGACGAGGCCGACUCUGAAGCUGAAAAACAGAUUGUUGCUGCCUCACAAGCAGCACUGAAAUGCAGUACAGCUGAACAACAAGUCCAAAGUGUCCUUGCCCAACAGAAGGAGGAUAGCAUGAUGCAUAAGAAGCUCCAGCAAGAGUACGAAAAAGCCAAGAAACUUGCCAAAGAGGCAAAGGCUGCUAAGGAGAAGGCAGAAAAGGAGGCAGUCCUCCUCCGCAAACAAGCAGAGGAAGCAGAAUCUCAGAAGGCAGCUGCUGAGAAAGAAGCUGCAAUCCAAGCCAAAGCUCAAGAGGAUGCAGAGAGGUUAAGAAAAGAGGCUGAAUUUGAAGCUGCAAAACGCGCACAAGCUGAAAAUGCAGCACUCGAGCAGAAGAAGAAAGCCGAUGCCGAAAUGGCAAAGCACAAAAAACUUGCAGAGCAAACACUGAAACAGAAGUUCCAAGUGGAGCAAGAGCUCACAAAGGUUAAACUCAAGCUGGACGAUACUGACAAACAGAAAGAUCUCCUGGAUGACGAGCUGCAGCGUUUGAAGGAUGAGGUCGAUGAUGCAGUCAAACAAAGGGGCCAGGUCGAGGAGGAGCUGUUCAAAGUCAAGGUUCAGAUGGAGGAGCUACUCAAAGUGAAACUCAAGAUAGAGAAGGAAAAUCAACUCCUCAUCAAGAAAGACAAAGAUAAGGCACAGCAAUUACUUGCAGAGGAGGCUGAAAAUAUGAAAAGGCUCGCAAAGGAUGCUGCUAUACUAAGCUUAGAAUCCCAAGAGGCUUCUCGCUUGAGACAGAUUGCAGAGGAGGACCUUGUUCAGCAACGAGCUCUUGCAGAGAAAAUGCUCAAAGAGAAAAUGCAGGCCAUACAGGAGGCCUCUAGACUUAAAGCUGAGGCCGAGCUGCUCCAAAGACAAAAGGACUUGGCUCAGGAGCAGGCACAAAGGCUGCUGGAGGAUAAGGAACUCAUGCAAAAGCGCCUGGAUGAGGAAACAGAGGAAUACCAGAAGUCCCUUGAGGCAGAGAGGAAGCGGCAACUGGAGAUCGUAGCGGAGGCCGAAAAACUCAAACUUCAGGUUUCUCAGCUCAGCGUAGCUCAGGCCAAAGCUGAGGAGGAGGCUAAGAAAUUCAAGAAACAAGCUGAUAACAUUGCUGCCCGUCUUCUUGAGACUGAGAUUGCCACCAAAGACAAAAUUACCGUAGUGCAACAACUGGAAGUCGAGAGACGUAAUACCAGCAAAGAGGCUGACGAUUUACGUAACGCAAUCGCAAACCUAGAGACGGAGAAGGCUAGACUGAAAAAGGACGCAGAAGAACUUCAAAAUAAGUCUAAAGAGAUGGCUGAUGCACAGAUGAAACAAAUCGAACACGAGAAGACAAUGCUCCAGCAGACGUUCCUGACAGAAAAGGAGAUGCUUUUGAAGAAAGAGAGGCUUAUUGAAGAUGAGAAAAAGAGGCUGGAGAGCCAGUAUGAAGAAGAAGCCAAAAAGGCCAAAGCUCUUAAAGAUGAACAGGAACGCCAGAGGAAACUGAUGGAGGAGGAGAAGAAGAAGCUCCAUGCUACCAUGGAUGAGGCCCUCAGUAAACAAAAAGAGGCUGAAAGAGAAAUGCUCAACAAGCAAAAAGAAAUGCAGGAACUGGAGAAGAAGAGACUAGAGCAGGAAAAAGUUCUUGCAGAAGAGAACAAGAAAUUGCGCGACCAGCUGCAGCAGCUUGAGGAAGCACAGAAAGACAAAAACACUCAAGUCAUCAGUGCAACAACAGUUGAGACAACGAAUAAUGUUUACAAUGGUCAAAAUGUAGGUGAUUUAGUAGACAGUGUGGAGAAGAAACCAGAUCCUCUGUCUUUUGACGGCAUCCGUGAUAAGGUACCUGCAAGCCGACUUCAUGAUGUCGGCCUUUUAUCCAAGAAGGAGUUUGACAAGCUCAAAAAAGGCAAAGCCACUGUGCAACAGCUUGGUGAGACUCAAAAACUCAAACUAAUUCUUAAAGGAAAGGACUGCAUUGCUGGAGUUCUGACACCAUCUAAACAAAAAAUGUCCAUCUAUCAAGCAUCACAAGAGAAGAAGAUUACUCCAGGCACAGCGAUGAUCCUUCUUGAAGCCCAAGCAGCCACAGGCUACAUGUUAGACCCUAUUAAGAACAAGAAACUUUCUGUCAAUGAGGCUGUCAAGGAAGGGUUGAUUGGCCCUGAACUGCACAACAAAAUGCUUUCUGCUGAAAGGGCAGUUGUUGGCUACAAAGAUCCAUACACCGGUGGUAAGAUCUCUGUCUUUGAAGCUAUGAAGAAGGGUUUGCUGGAACAUGAUCAUGCCAUCAGGGUCCUUGAGGCUCAGCUUGCAACCGGUGGCAUCGUCGACCCUAUAAAUAGUCACCGUGUACCCAAUCAAACAGCCUACACACAGGGACAAUAUGAUGAUGAAAUGAACAAGAUUAUGGUAAAUCCUUCAGAUGACACAAAGGGAUACUUUGACCCCAGCACUCAGGAACCCUUGACAUAUUCUGAGCUGAUGACGAGAUGCACGACUGACCCUGACACCGGUGUGCUACUCCUGCCAAUCACAGACAAAGCUGCUCAAUGCUCGAGUAUAUACACAGAGGAGGAGACCAAGGAUAUGUUCAGCAAAACAACUGUGUCCAUGCCAUUUGGUCGAUUCAAGGGGAAGACUAUCACCAUUUGGGAAAUUAUCAAUUCUGAAUACUUCACUGAGGAUCAGAGGAAGGACCUUCUCCGUCAGUACAAGACAGGCAAAAUCACAAUCGAAAAAAUUAUAAAGAUUGUGAUUACUGUGGCAGAGGAAAAAGAGAAGAAGAAUGAGAUUAACUUUGAUGGUCUGAGAGCACCUGUUCCUGCAACUGAUCUCCUGGAAUCCAAAAUCAUUGAUAAAGACCUCUACAACAAGUUGCACAAGGGCAAUAAAACAGUCAAAGAGGUGUCGGAAAUGGAGCCCGUCCAUAAAGCACUGAAGGGUACAAACUGCAUUGCAGGUGUAGUUAUUGACUCAUCAAAGGAGACAAUGUCCUUCUAUCAAGCUAUGAAGAAAGACAUGAUGAGGGCAGGGCCUGCCUUGAUAAUGCUUGAAGCCCAAGCGGGAACAGGCUAUGUAGUUGACCCUGUGAAUAAUCAGAAGUACACUGUGGAUGAAGCUGUCAAAGCUGGUGUUGUUGGUCCGGAGCUGCACGAAAAACUUCUGUCUGCUGAGCGUGCUGUUACAGGUUACAAAGAUCCUUAUACUGGCAAGACUAUAUCUUUGUUCCAGGCAAUGAAAAAAGAUCUAAUUCCUAAAGAACAAGGAAUCCGACUGCUCGAUGCCCAGAUGACCACCGGUGGCAUAAUUGAUCCAGUAAAGAGCCAUCACAUUCCUCAUGAUGUAGCCUGCAAGAGAAAUUAUUUUGAUGAUGAAAUGAAACAGAUUCUUAACAGCCCUACUGAUGAAACAAAGUGCUUCUUUGACCCCAACCAAAAAGAAAAUGUCACAUACUCACAGCUCUUCAAGAGAUGUGUCACUGACAAGAAAACUGGUUUCCAGCUUCUGCCUCUUUCUGACGAAGCAAUCAAUGCAAAGGAUGAGUCGACAUGCACUGAUGCCCAGACAAAGGAGGCUAUGACUCAGGCAACUGUGGAGCUUGACUCUGGACCAUUUAAGGGCAGGAGGAUGACCAUUUGGGAAAUCAUCCACUCUGAAUAUCUCACAGAGGAACAAAGGUUUGACCUGCUCAGACAAUUUAGGUCAGGAAAGCUUACAAUCGAGAAGAUAUUCAAGAUUGUCAUUACAAUCGUAGACGAGAGAGAGUCCAAGAAACAAGAACAGUCCAGCUUCAAGGGACUCAGAGCUCCAGUCCAAGCUAGCUCUCUGUAUGAUUCUAAAAUCAUUGACAAAGCAACCUUUGACCUCCUUCAACAAGGCAAAACCACACCUAAACAAGUCAGUGAAAAUCCCAAUGUCAAUAAAUACCUCCAGGGCUCUGAUAGCAUCGCUGGAAUCUACCUUGAGCCAACCAAGGAGAAAAUAAGCAUUUAUCAGGCUAUGAAGAAAAAGCUACUCAGACAAAACACAGGUAUUUCUCUUCUUGAGGCCCAGGCUGCCACUGGAUUCCUUGUAGAUCCCGUAAGGAAUCAGUUCCUGACUGUAGAUGAGGCAGUAAAGUCUGGUCUCGUUGGUCCAGAGUUGCAUGAAAAACUUCUCUCUGCAGAAAAGGCUGUUACUGGCUAUAAAGAUCCAUACACAGGCAACAAAAUCUCACUCUUUGAAGCGUUGCAAAAAGGUCUCAUCCCGAAAGAGCAUUCCAUGCCACUGAUAGAGGCACAGAUGGUUAGUGGAGGAAUCAUUGACCCUGUAAACAGCCACCGUGUCCCAACUGAUGUUGCAUAUCAGAAGAACAUUUUCAGCAAAGAAAUUGAAAAGACUUUAUCUGAACCUUCUGAAGAAAACAAGGCUUUCACAGACCCAGAAACCAAUGAGAAUGCCACCUACAGACAGCUUAAAGAGAAGUGCCACAAAGAUCCAGAGACAGGCCUUAACAUCCUACCACUCUCCAAGCCUCAGUCUCCUACUGUUGUUGAGAAGACAUACCUCUACACAGAGGAACAAACACAGAGUGACCUGACCACCGCACAGAUUGACAUUCCAAUUGAGGGCCUUGCUGAUAAACCAAUGAACCUCUGGGAAAUCUUGAACUCAAAUCUGCUUCCAGAGGAGGAAAAGCAGAAGCUCAUGGAUAAAUAUCGCUCUGGUGAAAUCACUAAAGAGCGGAUGAUCAUCAUUAUCAUUGAAAUCAUGGAGCAGAGAGAGAUCAUCAUACAUGAUAGUCCACUGUCUUGUAAGACAAUAAGGCGAAGAAUAACAAUGGAAGAGCUCUACAAUGCCCGCAUCAUUGACUUGGAGACAUACAACCUACUGAAACAGGGCAAGAGGGACAUCCAUGACAUAAUGGAGUUGACACAUGUCAAACAGUAUCUGUAUGGCACCGGCUGUGUUGCUGGUGUCACAACAGAAUCAAGCUCCAAGAUAAGUGUGUACCAAGCAAUGAAGAGAGAAUUCCUUGAACCAGAACUAGCCGUCAGCCUCCUAGAAGCACAAGCUGCAACAGGAUUCAUUGUCGAUCCAGUUAAUAAUGAAACACUUACAGUGGAUGAAGCUGUUCGCAAGGGUGUUGUUGGCCCUGAAUUACAUGAUAAACUUUUGUCGGCUGAGAGAGCAGUCACAGGAUACAAAGAUCCGUACAGUGGGAAAAUCAUUUCUCUUUUCCAGGCCAUGAAAAAGGAUCUUGUUCCAGAGGAUUAUGCUAUGAAAAUGCUCGAGGCACAAACUGCCACUGGUGGUAUUAUUGAUCCUGAAUUCCAGUUCCACCUGCCAGCAGACAUUGCCAUGCAAAGGGGUUAUAUCAACAAAGAAACCAACGAGAGACUGACUGACAGUGUUAAAGGAUUUGUUGACCCUGUCACUGAGGAGAAAUUGUCAUAUGCUCAGCUGCUCAAGAGAUGCAAGUUGGAUGGUGGGUUGCGCCUACUUUCUCUGGGAGACAAGAGGCUGAUGAUGAGUGGUAUAAGAGAACAGAUUACAAUUGAGGAGCUGAUCCGCUCUGAAAUAAUUGACCAGGAGACAGUCACUGCACUGAAUGAAGGUCGUAUUACAAUAGAAGAAGUUAGCUCAAGACUAUCGAGGUACCUUGUGGGCACAAGCUGUAUUGCGGGUGUAUUGUUGGAGUCCUCAAAGGAACGUCUAUCAGUUUACCAGGCCAUGAAGAAGAACCUGAUUAGGCCAGGCACAGCAUUUGAACUCCUUGAGGCACAGGCAGCCACAGGAUAUGUCAUUGACCCAAUCAAAAACCUCAAACUGACUGUCCUUGAAGCAGUGCGGAUGGGGAUUGUAGGACCUGAAUUCAAAGACAAACUCCUCUCUGCUGAACGUGCAGUGACAGGAUAUAGAGAUCCUUAUUCGGGUAAGACAAUCUCCCUGUUCCAGGCCAUGCAAAAGGGGCUCAUUUUGCAAGAUCACGGUAUCCGUCUACUGGAAGCCCAGAUUGCCACUGGUGGAAUAAUUGACCCAGAGAAAAGUCACCGUCUGCCAGUUGAGGUGGCUUACAAACGUGGUUUCUUCGAUGAGGAAAUGAAUGAGAUCUUGACAGAUCCAUCUGAUGACACUAAAGGUUUCUUUGAUCCUAACACUGAGGAAAAUCUAACCUACCUCCAGCUCAUGGAGAGGUGCGUCACUGAUCCCCACACUGGCCUGUUGCUUCUGCAAUUAAAAGAAAAGAAGCGGGAAAGUAAGGCCUCUUCCAAAUCUUCAGUUCGUAAGCGCAGAGUUGUCAUUGUAGACCCUGAAACAGGCAAAGAAAUGACUGUGUAUGAGGCCUACAGGAAGGGACUCAUUGACCACCAAACCUACCUGGAGCUUGCUGAGCAGGAGUGUGAAUGGGAAGAGCUCACAUUGACCGCCUCUGAUGGUACUGUCAAAUCCAUUAUCAUUGACAGGAGGUCGGGGAGACAGUAUGAUGUUGAGGAGGCUCUUUCACGUGGCCUCAUUGACAAGAAUGCCCUUGAAACAUACCGUUCUGGAAACCUGUCCAUUACAGAAUUUGCUGAAAUGCUUUCUGGAAACAUUGGAGGCACUCGUUCACGCUCAUCUUCCUUUGGUUCCACCGCUGGAUCCACCUACUCCUCUCCCAUGAGCCCCAUACCCUCAAUUAAAACACCUGCAAUCAUAUGGAAUGACCCAGCAGAGGAGACUGGUCCCGUAGCUGGCAUAUUGGACAUAGACACACUGGAGAAGGUGUCUAUCACUGAGGCCAUACACAGAAGCCUGGUAGACAACAUUUCUGGCCAAAGAUUGUUGGAGGCCCAAGCAUGCACAGGAGGAAUAAUUGAUCCAACAACUGGAGAGAGAUUAUCAGUCACCGAUGCUGAAGAAAAAGGCCUUGUGGAUAAAAUCAUGGUUGAUCGCCUCAAUCUGGCUCAAAAAGCAUUCAAUGGAUUUGAAGACCCCAGAACUAAAGUAAAGAUGUCUGCCUCCCAGGCUCUGAAGAAAGGCUGGUUGUAUUAUGAGGCUGGCCAGCGCUUCCUCGAAGUCCAAUAUCUUACUGGUGGACUUAUUGAGCCUGAUGUCGAGGGCAGAGUAUCACUAGAUGAAUCACUCAAGAAGGGCUCAAUCGAUGCCCGCACUGCCCAGAAACUGAGAGAUGUGGGUACCUAUUCUAAAUAUCUAACAUGUCCAAAAACCAAACUGAAAAUAUCCUUCAAAGAUGCAAUGGACAAGAGUAUGGUUGAGGAAGGAACUAGCCUAAGACUUCUGGAGGCCUCCUCACAAUCCAGCAAAGGCCUCUACAGUCCCUACAAUGCCAGUGGCCCUGGAUCUGCUUAUGGCUCCCGAACUGGCUCAAGGACCGGAUCACGAACAGGCUCCAGGAGGGGAAGCAUCGAUGCUGGCACUGGCCUCAGCCUGAACUUCUCAUCUUCUUCCUUCUCAUCCUCCUCAACUGGCUACAGCCGCAGAUUCUGAUUAUCUAGUUCUGUUCCUAACAAUAUCCCAAGAUCCACCCGUACUUAUGCACUUUACAGUUGCAUUUAAAGAGGAAAACAUAGUCACAGUAACAAAGAAAAAAUAUAGUUUAUUUAUUCUGCCCAACAUGUGGUCACAACAAGAAUUUCCAAGGCUAUUAAUUUUUUCGUAUACCACAGAUACCUAAACAUGUGCCUCAUAUAUUGAGAAAUUAUUAGAUAUAAAUAUUAUUUUUCUCUAGUACCAAUUACCAAGUCAGUUUAUAUUUUUUAGGUUUCAGGUUUUUAAGUGACCUUAUAGUUUUCAUUUUUACACACUUUUACAAAAAGUUGUGUACUAGUGCUUUCUGAAACUAUUAUAUACUUUAUGUAUGUCAAAGAGAUAUUCUUCCAGUUUUACUUUGACAAUCAAGGAUAUGUCCAUUUUGUAUCUUUUUCGGCAGUCCUACUUAAUGACAUACUGCUUGUCAACUUAGUUCUAAUGUUUUAAACAGAUUCUAAGAAAUCAUAGAUGCCUGCACAUUUCUGAAUGUUUGUAUGGUUAUGGUUUUAUGUUUAAUGUCACCUGGGUAGUGUAAGAAUAUACCCAGUAAGAAUACACCUGUUAUGUUAGACAAUACAAAAUAAGACACAACACUAAAUAAACCCUAAUUCCAGAAUUAGACAAAUUGCAGACCAUUCAGAAAAAGUUUCACAAUUAUUUUGUAAUUAUGCUCUUAUAUUUUGUAGAAUUGUGUAACCUUGGGGUUCAUUACACCAUUGUUUUAAACACUCCAAGUUUUAGAUUCUUUAUAUGUACCAUCAGUCAAGUGUUCCUGGUUAAUCCCGAGAUGAUGUCAGAGUUGAUCCUGCUCUGCCACACAGACCUGCAUCCUGUUAUUUUUUGUCCUUCUGCCUCAGUCCCUCAGAAUCUAUCGUACGAGCACAGAUACUCAUUUGGCCGAAGCAUCCAAUCCCAUCAACUUGGAUGGAUUUGUGAGUCCACGUCCUCACGCAGUCACACAGAUCUGCCAUUGAGUAUGUCCAUUCUUCUCUAUUGCACAUCACAUUUGAAGAAAGCUGAGGCAACCUGACACCAUCUUGGGAUAACUUUCUUGGAACACCUUCAUUUUUCAUAUAUUUAUUACUUGAUUACUAAUAGUUAUAUAUGUGUUGUCAUAUCCUGAUGUUUUAGAGAACACUCCCAAAUCAUAAACACAUCUGCAUGUUUAUUAUUUUACUUUCAUUUGAAUUUUAUUUCUUCUUGGUAUAUUUUUGUAUUAUCUCUCUGUAAAUUCAACCCUACCAAAGUGCUACAAGGAUAUAUUUGGAGAAUUGACAUGGUUGAUACAGCAUCACAUUGCAUGAAUGAAUGUAUUCAAUUAAAUGUUCUUAUUUCAGUUGACAUUCUGCCUUAGAUGUCCUUUGCAAACUAAACAAAGGGCUUAAAGCUUAAUUUUGCCAAGUUACUUUUCUGCAUUUCUGUUAUGUAUCUCUGAAAUGUUUUACCUUUGUAAAUCUUUACAUUUUGUUUUCAAAACGUUUUUUGAUAUAUCUUGAAUUUGCCUUGCAUGUUUUAAUAACCUCACAAAGGAUUUUUGGCAAAGAAAUGUUGAUGUAAAAUAACGAGAACUGCAGAUGUAACUGACUGAGCAGUAUAUCGCUUUAACAAUUGAACUGGUUUGUUUAUGCUUAUGGGGUAUAUUUUGCUUUGAAUGAUGUGGUGAGUGGAUUCUGUUGUAAGUUCUGAACAUUAACACUAUGUUGUAAAUAAAUAUGCUCUAAAGAGA